CUUUCUGGCCGGUUCCGCCUCCGCCGGCGGGAGCGACCGUCCCCGGCAGUCCCCGGCCUCGGUCCCCUCGCGGCGGGGUGUGCGGGUUGGCUCUCUUCGUCCGUGCGCUCGCCCUUGGGACUCCUUGGCGGCCCAGACGAUAACGCCAAGAAAAUCAGAUGGCAUCCGGAGAUUUCUGCUCACCUGGAGAAGGGGUGGAAAUACUGCAGCAAGUGUGUGACAAGCAGUUUCCUCCUUGUGCCCUGAGUGAAGAGGAUCUGAUACAGAACCCGAAUUUCAGCAAGCUGUUGCUUAGGCUCUCGCAGCAUGUGGACGAAAGCGGCUUAAGCCUCACGCUGGCAAAGGAGCAGGCUCAGGCGUGGAAUGAAGUCCGGCUGCAUAGGACGGCGUGGCUGAGGUACGAGAUCUUGCAGAGGGUCAUCCAAGAGCUGCUCGUGGACUACUAUGUCAAGGCCCAAGACACGAACCUGACCUCGGAAGACAAGAAGUUUCAUGAGACCCUUGAACAGCGGCUGCUUGUAACUGAGCUGACACAGCUUUCCAGUCCUGGCCAGGAGACGGAGAUGCCCCCACUGCUGGGGCUGGACAAGGCUGACCUGCUGGAGCUCAUGCCUCCCUCACAGGAUUUCGUGUGGAUGAGGGCGCGGCUCCAGCUGGAGGUGGAGGAGCAGCUCAAAAGGAAGUGUUUCACCCUGCUGUGCUACCACGACCCCAGCUCAGAUACUGAUGGAGAAGCGCUGAAAGCAGCCAAGGUGUGGUCGCUGACAGAGGUCCUGGUGGGAGAGAAGCAGCAGUGCCUUGAGGCCAAGGGCCAGCAGAAGGAGCAGCUGGUGCUGCUGGAGAAGAAAAGGGCUACCUACUCCCAGGUGCUUCUCCGCUGCCUCAGCUUGCUAAAGAGUCUUCUUCAGGAGCACCGGCUGAAGACUCAGCCCGAGCUAGACCGAAUCAACACCCAGUACCUGGAGGUCAAGUGUAGCGCUAUGAUCCUCAAGCUCAGGAUGGAGGAGCUAAAGAUUUUGUCUGACACUUACAGUGCUGAGAAAGUGGAAGUGCAUCGUCUUAUUAGGGACCGUCUGGAGGGAGCCAUUCACCUACAAGAGCAAGACCUGGAGAAAUCGAGACUGGUCCUGAAAACCUAUGAGGUCCUUGGGGAGGACUUUGAGGACCUGGUGAAGGAGUACACGCAGCUCAAGCUGGCAACCGAGGACAAGCGUUGGGCCCUCCAGGAGUUUAGCAAGGCCUGCCACUGACCUGAGCGCAGGCAGAGCCAGGAAGCGUGGAUUCUGCACGGUCCCCUUCUCUUCCCACCCGGUGGACCACUUCCACUGCAGUCCUUAGGGCAGCCUCCUGGUUCCUCUUCCUUGUUUACAGUAACCGGGUCUCUUCUGGAAAAUGUAGCUGUCAGAUUUAUAUAAUUUAAUUCAUGUCCGUAAGCAUCAGCCCUGUGUCAUGUUUCCUGAAUAAAAAUGUGAUGUUAUGUCUAA